GCUACCUCAGGCUCCUCCCAUCAUCGACCAGCAUGGAUGACGACGACGAGUACGAGCAAGAGCGCCUCGCCAACAUCCAGCGUAACCGCGACCUUCUUAAAGAGCUCGAUCUCGAUAAUGGUCUUUCUUCCUCUUCCAAGAAGCGCGGACCGCCUUCUUCCUCCAAUGCGCAGAGCAAGAAGAAGACCUCAAGGGGCAAUGCAAAGACCGCGCCUACCCCUCAGAGGGUUCAGCCUCGGCGUGUAAGCAACAGAUUGCUGGGCGUGGAGGCGGACAGCGAGAAGGAGCGGCAGAGAUACGAAAAGGAGGCAGAGGCGAUCAGAGACGCAGCUGAAGCGGCCAGGCGAGCACGUCAUGAAGAGCAUGAUCUGGCCUUUCUGACUGGUAGCGGAGAAGGCCUGGAAGAGCUUAGAGGGACCUUCGAGGCUGUUGCUAGAGCAAAAGCAGAAGCAGAAGAGGAGGAUACGAAGGACGACAGGGAGCUAAAGAAGUUGUUGGAUAGCAUGGUGUUGAGAUCGGCCGACAAGGUGACAAACAAACGAGUUUAUUCGAUGGUAUUCCACCCAAACCGAGAAAAAGACCUCAUUUUCGUAGGCGACAAAGAGGGAAGCGUGGGCGUUUGGGAUCCAAAUGCACAGGUCGAGCAAGGGGAGGGGGAAGAAGAAGGCGUCAAAACGGGGCAGUCUUGGAACUUGCAGAUCCACGGCCGAUCGCCCAUCACCUGUCUUCGCUUCGACCCGAUCUCUGCCACGACGCUCUACUCAGCCUCAUACGACGCUACAAUUCGUGCUCAAGAUCUCCAUACGGGCAUUUCCAAGGAAUUCUGGGCUGGCGAUGAGAGCGUUCUUCUCUCCAUCUUUGACAUCUUAGCGCCCGAAAGCCAUCCCUCUGCUUUUGUCGAUACCCCAAGCCCCAUGCUGGACGAGCGGAGUCUGUGGGUCGCCGACCACAGAGGCGGCCUUACGCACAUUGACAUGCGUGAACCAAGCCGCAGCAGUAACCGUCGCGGUUCGUCUUCUGCUCAAGGCCCUCCCACCCGGCGCUGGCAGGUGUGCGAGAAGAAGAUUGGAGGAAUGUCUGUCAACCAAGCUGCGUCUUCAUGCAUCGCAGUCGCUUCCCUUGAUCAGUGUAUCCGUCUCUUCGACGUCCGAAAUCUGCAAACGAUCGUGCCUACCACCGAUGAAGCCCCUCACAACUACAGGGGCGUCGAUGGCGAUGAGCUCGACGCGGCACACGAAAAAGCGCAGAUCUCAAUGAGUCAGGCGAGGCUCGCGUGCACCAGCGUCGACUUUGACCCGUCCGGGUCCAAGCUUAUUGGCGUAAGCUACGAUGACGUUGUCAAGGUUUGGGAUAUGGACCCUCGCUGGCUCACGUCCGCGUACGAUACCAAGCCAAAAAAGAACGGUGUCGUCAAGAAGAAAGAAGCUGCUCCGUCCAAGCGUGGCAGCCUCCCUCACUACUUCUCGAAAGCCAAAAAGGAAGAGGAGUCAUCUCCAGCUGAGCUUGUUGAGGAACAGACGCCUAUGAGACCGAGACCAGACGAUGUUCUGGCAAAACCAAUGGUCGCGAUUCCCCACAACAACCAGACUGGCAAAUGGUUGACGCUCUUCCGCGCCAGAUUCAAUCGCGAUCCAACGCUGGAGCCUCACUUCUCUAUUGGGUCGAUGAAGCGCCAUGCCGAAAUUUGGUCUGCGAAGGACGGCAAACUGCUCAGAUCAUUCUACGACGAGGACAACAUGACGGCUGUCCCUGCUGUCACGGCCACACAUCCUCGGAGUGGCGGUCGCCUUGCCACGGGAAAUGCCAGUGGGCGAUGCACCUUUUGGGCCCCGCCUUGACCGCAUCUGCACUUCUUCAUUGGUAAUCAACAAGCUUACAGACAUGCUCUGAUUCUGUUAAGGUAGUAAUUGUCCUUUGUUCUUUGCAUUUGUCAUGGUGUUGGAUAUGUUGUGCGAAAGAAACGCUCUAUCAUGAGAAUAUAAGAAGAAAA